ACAUGGAAACAUUUCCGCUCCGACGUCAUAACAAGUUGUUUAGGAUUUUUUUUGAUGCGGUUGUUGUGUCAGUCUGUUGUCAACUUUAUGUAGCCAUGUCUAAUGAUAAACUUGCCCACUGGAAGAGCUUAUUAAGAAAAAGAACGGCCAAUUCAAAGAAAGAAGAAAAGACUGAAGAGGAAAAGAAAAAUGAGGAGACCGAGCUGUUCACUAAGUUUUAUGCCGAUUGGAAAGGAGGGAGUGAACAUGACAGUUCAUAUAAGACCAUACCGCGCUUCUAUUACAGGCUUCCUGCUGAAGAUGAAGUUCUACUGCAAAAAUUAAGAGAGGAGUCCAGGGCAGUCUUCCUGCAGAGAAAAAGCAGAGAACUACUCGAUAAUGAGGAAUUACAGAAUUUGUGGUUUCUGUUGGACAAACACCAGGUCCCUCCAGCCACCGGAGAUGAGGCUAUGAUCACCUAUGAGAGCUUUCUCAAAGUUGGAGAGAAAGCUGGAGUCAAGUGCAAACAAUUCUUCACAGCCAGAGUGUAUGCCAAACUCCUUCAUAAUGAUCCAUAUGGAAGGAUAUCAAUCAUGCAGUUUUUCAAUUAUGUCAUGAGAAAAGUUUGGUUGCAUCAGACAAGGAUUGGGUUGAGUCUAUACGAUGUGGCUGGGCAGGGAUACUUGCGCGAGUCUGACUUGGAGAACUACAUCCUUGAGUUGAUCCCCACCCUGCCUCAGCUGGACGGCCUGGAGAAGUCAUUCUACUCUUUCUACGUCUGCACUGCCGUCCGCAAAUUCUUCUUCUUUCUCGACCCUUUACGCACUGGCAAAAUAAAGAUACAGGAUAUUCUGGCUUGCAGUUUCCUGGAUGACCUUCUCGAGUUAAGAGAUGAGGAGUUGUCCAAGGAAAGUCAGGAGGCAAACUGGUUUUCAGCACCUUCUGCUCUCAGAGUAUACGGUCAGUACCUUAACCUGGAUAAAGAUCACAAUGGUAUGCUGAGCAAAGAAGAGCUUUCUCGUUAUGGUACUGGAACACUAACAAGCGUCUUCCUUGACCGAGUGUACCAAGAAUGCCUGACCUAUGAUGGGGAGAUGGAUUAUAAAACGUAUCUGGACUUUGUACUUGCUCUGGAGAACCGUAAAGAACCUGCAGCUCUUCAGUACAUCUUCAAGCUGUUGGACAUAGACAACAGGGGCUCUCUCAAUGUCUUUGCUCUCAACUACUUCUUCAGAGCUAUUCAAGAACAGAUGAAAAUACAUGGACAAGAACCGGUUUCUUUCCAAGAUGUAAAGGAUGAAAUCUUUGACAUGGUGAAACCCAAGGACCCUUUAAAGAUCACCCUACAGGACCUGGUUAACAGCGGACAAGGGGACACGGUGACCAGCAUUCUAAUCGACCUCAAUGGAUUUUGGACCUAUGAGAACAGGGAAGUGCUGGUGGCCAAUGAUGGGGAAAGCAACACAGCGGAUAUCGAUGACACAUGACGCUAAUCAAGAAACAGGGGAGUACUGAAGAGAAAAAUUGACAUUUUGUCUACUGUAGACUAUGACCAAAAUGGAACUCCUGUACAGUUUAGGGACUCUCGUCUGAUGUAUGCCUUUUUUGUCAAUGAAUGCAGGCAAAACGGUACAUUUCUGUUGAAUUUACAAAAUAAUGUUUUAUUAACAUAAAUAAACGUUACACUUUUUUUUUA